AUGGCUGGCGCAGCGCCCAAUUCUUUCCCGAGGGAUUCUUGGGUCGGUCACGACAAGCCACUGGAUUGGAUUGGCGGGUUAGCUUGCAUCCACGGUAUCUUUCAGGAUGCCUAUGUGAACUGGUGCGCCACAUUCAAAGACGUUGGUGACGUCGGCGCUGGAGGCGUCGAUGGAGCCCCUGCAGGCGGCGCAGCUGCGCCCCCGAUGCUGUUGGAUGGCGACGCGGGGCCCCAUCUGGGCAUGGCAGAGGCCGCGGCGGCCGCCCCCGCAGCCCAUGCGCCUGCCGACGGGGGCCAGCCCGAUGCCCUGCCUGAGUGGAAGGUCCAGCAGCAGGAGCUGGCCCGUCGUCGCCAGCGAGUUCGGGACUGGAUAUCAAGGCCCACGUUCCUUGCUGAGACCAUCGUGCUUCGUCGCGUCGCAGAAGUCCACAGGGUUGCGAUGCAGAGUUUGUUGUGGAUGAGCGGCUCGGCAUGGGACCUUCGCCAACGUGCUGAGGAGGGCCGAGCUGUGCUGGCUGGUCGGUCUGGCUUCAAUCUCCGAUCAUAUCGAGCCUUGUCGUUGGCUUCGGGCGUCCCCGAUGUCCAGGUGAUCGGUUUGAUCAAGCAGCUGAUGAACUCUGGAGGCAUGUGGCGCGUGCUCCCAGCCCAUUGCAGGUCUCUCUCGUUGCGCCUGAAGGUGUUCAAGCAGCUAUCCAGGUCACUGUGUCUCAUGCUGGAGCUUCAGGCUCAUAGGUCAACAUGCCCUUUCAAGCCUUUUCGUUUACUCUUAGAGCCAGGUUUGAUUGAUGAGAUUCUCGCAGAGGAGCACAUGUGGGACGAUUGGUUCGCAUCCUUCCACUCGCAUUACACGAGCGAGGGCAGAGGUGGCGUCACGUCGACGAUUGCGCUGGCUGAUCUUCGGUGCACGCUCUUGCUACUCAUGCACGACACUGUGCCCGUUGAGGUCGGCCACAGUCGGAUUCGCAGGCAGCUGGAGGGGUCGAGCGUGCAGACUCAUCGACAAGCCAUCGAGGACGCCAGCGCCGCCGAGUUGCUGAGGCGGUUUCGCGCCUUCGAGCAGGCAUUCCAGGACAUUCGCGUGACUGGUGCGCCAGAGUCGGGCGCGGGAGGGCUCGCCGCGGCGCCAGCGGCCGCGCCCUCGGCCCACGCGGCGAGUUCGUCGCAGGCGGCCGGGUCGGCCCCGAGCAGGAAGGGGCGGAGCCACGGCGGCGGCCCUUACCGCGCAUUCUUAUCCCAGAGGUUUAAGAACGUGGGCGGCAAAGUCAACUGGGGCGGCAGCACUUCCGCCGAUUACCGCCGUGACAUGGCAGAUCCAGUGAAACGGGAGGUGCUCAUCGAUGCUGGCAAGCGGGCGACCGAGCAAGUGCGGAUGGGGGGCAAGAAGCCGUUCGGGCUUGGGAAGAGAGACAUCGAGAGACAGAGCUUGAAGUCCGCCCGCGAAGCCCAUGCAAAGCAUGCGCUUGCCAUGCACGAUGCCAACCUGGGGCGCCAGGACGUCGCCCAGAGCAUGUCGUUGAUGCCACUUUCUGCCAGCGCCGCGUCGCCAGCAGACUCCUGGAAAGCCGUGUUGGAUUUGAAGGCCGUCUGCUUCGCCCAGACGAAGAUGCAGCAGGAGUUGAGGGCUGCCGAGGUGCGCUCGUUGGCAAACUAUGCUCGGGAUGCUGGUUUGGGAUCGCGUUCCUUGCAGGUCGGAGCCGUAUGUGAGCAGAAGGCCGACCACUUGCCCAUGCCGAACGGCUACCCGACCUGCUACGACUACGAGUGGAUGCCAGCAGGCGCCAUGACGAAGAGCAAACAACUUUUGAGCAUCCGCACCAGCAACGUCGUCGGGCAGACGAUCCAAAACAGGUUGUUCAAAACAUGGGCGAAGUUGCACAAUAUAUGCGGUGGCCCCCGUCGACCAGAGAUCAUUGAGGCUGCGAGGAAGCUGGGCGACGUGAAGAAGAACCACCGUUGCAAGUUUCUGGGCUGUUGUGUGUGCGAUGUGGGUGGCGCAGCUCACGUGGGCAAGGUCACUGCAAAAUUCAAAGCAGCUCUUCGUUCAUCCGCUACGGCCUCAGCUGGUUUCAAACAGAAGCUGUUGGACGGGGACGUCGUCGUCGCAUUCAUUGGCAGGGACGUCGACGCCGAUGGCGGAUUCACGGAGGACGUCGACGAUUCGGUUAUUGUUUUGUGGGCCCACGUCGGUUGGCAGUGGCAGAGGCCUUGGGAGUCUCUUUUCCAUUAUGUCGAGGCCCCGCGGGGCGAUGCAGCUCCGAUUUCGCCAUGGUGUUCAAGGCCCCGCAGGGUCACGAGCUUGUUGGAUGGAUCUGGCACAGUGAAAUUUUUCUCGAAGCUGAACCUUGAUAAGCGCUGGGACGUGAGCUUUUGGGAGUUGCGGCACUCGCAUGGUAUGCUCGGGAGUUUCGUCCCGAACGUGGCCGAUUGCGAUCCCGUCAUGCCCGUCAACCCCAUUCAUUUGUUGUGGAUGCCUCGGCGCGGUCUUCCACCUGGCAAGCGGAAGAAGAGAGGCUGGAGCAUUGAUCUGUCGAAGUACGACGGCAGCGAGGAAGACGACUUCGACGGUGAGGACGUCGUGGCCGACGGCGUUGAUGCGGCCGUCGACGAUGAGCUCGAUGGGGGCCACGUCGAGGGCCCAGGAUUCGACAUUGCUGCUGCCGACGCGGCGGGUGAUCCUAUCGACUUACCGCCCGAACCCGCAGCAGAUCACGUUGCCGUGGGCGGCGCUGCUGUCAGUGAGGCUGGCACUGAGUCAGAGCGUGAGAUGGAUGUGCGGGGCUGCGGGGGCUGUGCGGAGCACAAGUAUGAUAACGAGUUAACUAAGAGUAGGACGUGCAGCGGCGACGAACUCUUGAAUCACAAGGGCCAUGAAAAGGAGGCGGAGCUCUUCGACGUGAUCAGGGGCGGCAUUGGGCUGCGUAGGACUCCCUGCGAGGGCUCCGCCCGCGCUCUAGCACCCGCGACGCUUGACCAGGCGUUCGACAUGUGCCACGUCUCCAUGCGGCGCGCGUGGUCGCGCGCUGUAGGUCUCAGGGAGAAGCCGACGAUGGCCAGAGCGAAGAUCCAUCGCAAGGGUGUUCAAGUCCGCGAGAUUGCCUCAAGGAUGCGUCGGCCGAGGUCACCGAGACAGGAACCGUUCUUCUUCCAGUGGUUGAAGUUCCAGCGAGGAGCAGAGCCCAUGGCCAGGGGCAAGCAGUCGGCGCGUGCUAAGCAGCAGGCCUUGGCGCUGCCGCAAGGGAGGGCCGCGAGCGACGAGGCCAGUGAUGGCUGUGAGAGCGUCGCCUCGGCGGCAACUGGAAUGACGCCGCCGCCUCCGAAGGCUCCUGCUCAGAUGAGGCCCCCGCCGAGGAGGAAGAAGGCACCCGCCAACUGCGUCGGCUGCGGCGUUUGCAACACUAGCCCCUGGGUCGAGUACAUCAAGAAGGCGAACGGCGAGCAGGUGCCAGUUGGUCCUGGAGAUGCCGAGUGCUACAAGACGUGGUUGGCUGGCUUCCAGACAGACGGCAGUUUCGAAGAAGUCUUGGAGAAGUGCCGCGCCGACAGCCAGUACAAGGAGUGCUUCCAGAUGGCCGGCUCCAUCAGGAAGGGGCUCACGAAGGCAGUGUACCGUCUCGCAGACAUCGUGAAAUCAUCUUCGCAGGGCUACCGCGCAUAUCGGUGCAAAGUGGGGCUGAAGCCAGUCGAAUUCGAGUCCAUUUUCAAUGGCACCAUCGAGGACGCGGGCCUGAAGCUACAGGACCUCCCGAACGAGUUCGGUGUGAUGUUCAAGGGUGCUCUCGUAAACGAUCCCGACCGACCUGGCGCCAGAUACGACGUGUUUCACGAGACCGCUUUGGAAAAGGUACUGUGUAUCAUGUCGAAGAGCGACCACCUCUGGUCUGGCCAGGAGGACAAGAUCUUCGAGAGCGUCUUCAAGUCAGACUUGAAUCCCGUGGGAUCGGCGUUGCAGAAGUUGCGGGCCCAGUCGGUCGAGCCCAACGAGAUCAGGCAGACGAUCUUUGAGAAGAGCGACAAGACAUCAAGCGGGCCCAUCGGCGUUUCCUCGUCGGGCGGUCGUUCGGCCUCGGGGUCUGGUGGAGCUGCUGCCGCCGCCAGUGCUGCAGGAGGUCCCGAAGUAGAUGCAGAGUUCGAUGAGUUGAUGGGCGACACUAUCGUUGCAGCGGAGAGCGGGCCCAUGCUGCACGAUGCCACCCCCGUCGCGAAGACGACAGCAGGCAGGAGAAAAUCGACCCCCAGCUGUGCAGCUUCGUCGGGGCUUGGUUUACGCAGGGGCGGUUCUACCAUCUAUGGAGAUCUUGAUGAUGACGACGGCGCGCCAGAUGGUAAGCGGCGCAAGUUCAGCACGACCGAGUGGAUCCAGAAGCUCGACCUCAUGAAGGCGCUGAGCGGGGCGGCGAUGGCACGCAAGAAGACUUUCGCUCAGACGCACUACAACAAUACCCCAGCCUCAGACACCAAGAAGAGCUUGCUGGCUGAGCAGAUCUUGCUGGUGGGCUACGCGAUCGACAUCAGCGAGUGCGACGUGGCCAAGGUGGAGGACGAUUUCAUCACGACCCGCAUUGCGGAACUCUUGAGGGCAACCCACGGCCAGCUGCCGACCAAUUUGAAGCUUAAGUUGUUUCACCGUUACGUGUGCCGAGCUACUGCGAACAUGGAGUUCAGAGACAAAGAUGGCAUCCAACGGUUUUUGAAGACCAUCUUCCCCUUGAACAUCAGCGGCUGUGACGACGAGGACAACUUCGACUGGAGGGUACCCAAGCUGUGGCAGUGCGAGGGGUCUCCUUCGGAACUCGCGAGCUACUUCACUGCGAGCCUCGAGAAGCUCAUCGUGCCGCUGCUGGCGAAAAACUCGGAGUCCAUCGACAUCAUCUUGAAGGCUUGCUCGUGGUGCUUGGAGGCCUACGCCGACGUCCUCUCUCAGGAGAUGGACGACUCGUAUGCCGAGGCGUUGCUGGACGCGUGUACUUGUUGGCGCGGUUGCCUUGGCCUUUUCAACGUGGCGGCUUCGACCACGCACGACAGGGCGAUCAAGAUGCUCAUCGAUAGGCCUCCCAAGGGAAAGGAGGACUCUCUGCCCUCGGUUGCACGGGCCACGAUCUCAAGGGUGAUGGAGUUCAAGCAGUACGUCGACGACUACACCGUCAAAUGUGCCAGCACGCUGCUCACUGCGCCCAAGUUUCAGGAGGACUCUCUGCCCUCGGUUGCACGGGCCACGAUCUCAAGGGUGAUGGAGUUCAAGCAGUACGUCGACGACUACACCGUCAAAUGUGCCAGCACGCUGCUCACUGCGCCCAAGUUUCAGGAGGCCAUGGCGUCGUUGCAGGAGGCCGCCACCAUGUCGAGCACGACGGAGGCGGUCAUGAAGUAUCCCGAGUUCAAGGCGAACAUGCGUCAGGGCAUGGUCGACGGCAUGGAGGCAGAGCUUUUGGGUCUCGUCCAGUUCUACGCCAAUGACUUCAAAGAGUUCAUGCGGCACGACGUGCCGACUGACCAGGCUGGACGUCACGCAGUUGUCAAGGUGUGCGAUGAGGCGAAUGCACUCUUUGAGGCGGUCGCGAAGCACAUGGUGGAGCUUGUACCCGAUGCCCCGCAGCUGGUGUCGUUCGCGAAUGCUGCUCGGGCCAAGGAUGCCUAUGUGAACUGGUGCGCCACAUUCAAAGACGUUGGUGACGUCGGCGCUGGAGGCGUCGAUGGAGCCCCUGCAGGCGGCGCAGCUGCGCCCCCGAUGCUGUUGGAUGGCGACGCGGGGCCCCAUCUGGGCAUGGCAGAGGCCGCGGCGGCCGCCCCCGCAGCCCAUGCGCCUGCCGACGGGGGCCAGCCCGAUGCCCUGCCUGAGUGGAAGGUCCAGCAGCAGGAGCUGGCCCGUCGUCGCCAGCGAGUUCGGGACUGGAUAUCAAGGCCCACGUUCCUUGCUGAGACCAUCGUGCUUCGUCGCGUCGCAGAAGUCCACAGGGUUGCGAUGCAGAGUUUGUUGUGGAUGAGCGGCUCGGCAUGGGACCUUCGCCAACGUGCUGAGGAGGGCCGAGCUGUGCUGGCUGGUCGGUCUGGCUUCAAUCUCCGAUCAUAUCGAGCCUUGUCGUUGGCUUCGGGCGUCCCCGAUGUCCAGGUGAUCGGUUUGAUCAAGCAGCUGAUGAACUCUGGAGGCAUGUGGCGCGUGCUCCCAGCCCAUUGCAGGUCUCUCUCGUUGCGCCUGAAGGUGUUCAAGCAGCUAUCCAGGUCACUGUGUCUCAUGCUGGAGCUUCAGGCUCAUAGGUCAACAUGCCCUUUCAAGCCUUUUCGUUUACUCUUAGAGCCAGGUUUGAUUGAUGAGAUUCUCGCAGAGGAGCACAUGUGGGACGAUUGGUUCGCAUCCUUCCACUCGCAUUACACGAGCGAGGGCAGAGGUGGCGUCACGUCGACGAUUGCGCUGGCUGAUCUUCGGUGCACGCUCUUGCUACUCAUGCACGACACUGUGCCCGUUGAGGUCGGCCACAGUCGGAUUCGCAGGCAGCUGGAGGGGUCGAGCGUGCAGACUCAUCGACAAGCCAUCGAGGACGCCAGCGCCGCCGAGUUGCUGAGGCGGUUUCGCGCCUUCGAGCAGGCAUUCCAGGACAUUCGCGUGACUGGUGCGCCAGAGUCGGGCGCGGGAGGGCUCGCCGCGGCGCCAGCGGCCGCGCCCUCGGCCCACGCGGCGAGUUCGUCGCAGGCGGCCGGGUCGGCCCCGAGCAGGAAGGGGCGGAGCCACGGCGGCGGCCCUUACCGCGCAUUCUUAUCCCAGAGGUUUAAGAACGUGGGCGGCAAAGUCAACUGGGGCGGCAGCACUUCCGCCGAUUACCGCCGUGACAUGGCAGAUCCAGUGAAACGGGAGGUGCUCAUCGAUGCUGGCAAGCGGGCGACCGAGCAAGUGCGGAUGGGGGGCAAGAAGCCGUUCGGGCUUGGGAAGAGAGACAUCGAGAGACAGAGCUUGAAGUCCGCCCGCGAAGCCCAUGCAAAGCAUGCGCUUGCCAUGCACGAUGCCAACCUGGGGCGCCAGGACGUCGCCCAGAGCAUGUCGUUGAUGCCACUUUCUGCCAGCGCCGCGUCGCCAGCAGACUCCUGGAAAGCCGUGUUGGAUUUGAAGGCCGUCUGCUUCGCCCAGACGAAGAUGCAGCAGGAGUUGAGGGCUGCCGAGGUGCGCUCGUUGGCAAACUAUGCUCGGGAUGCUGGUUUGGGAUCGCGUUCCUUGCAGGUCGGAGCCGUAUGUGAGCAGAAGGCCGACCACUUGCCCAUGCCGAACGGCUACCCGACCUGCUACGACUACGAGUGGAUGCCAGCAGGCGCCAUGACGAAGAGCAAACAACUUUUGAGCAUCCGCACCAGCAACGUCGUCGGGCAGACGAUCCAAAACAGGUUGUUCAAAACAUGGGCGAAGUUGCACAAUAUAUGCGGUGGCCCCCGUCGACCAGAGAUCAUUGAGGCUGCGAGGAAGCUGGGCGACGUGAAGAAGAACCACCGUUGCAAGUUUCUGGGCUGUUGUGUGUGCGAUGUGGGUGGCGCAGCUCACGUGGGCAAGGUCACUGCAAAAUUCAAAGCAGCUCUUCGUUCAUCCGCUACGGCCUCAGCUGGUUUCAAACAGAAGCUGUUGGACGGGGACGUCGUCGUCGCAUUCAUUGGCAGGGACGUCGACGCCGAUGGCGGAUUCACGGAGGACGUCGACGAUUCGGUUAUUGUUUUGUGGGCCCACGUCGGUUGGCAGUGGCAGAGGCCUUGGGAGUCUCUUUUCCAUUAUGUCGAGGCCCCGCGGGGCGAUGCAGCUCCGAUUUCGCCAUGGUGUUCAAGGCCCCGCAGGGUCACGAGCUUGUUGGAUGGAUCUGGCACAGUGAAAUUUUUCUCGAAGCUGAACCUUGAUAAGCGCUGGGACGUGAGCUUUUGGGAGUUGCGGCACUCGCAUGGUAUGCUCGGGAGUUUCGUCCCGAACGUGGCCGAUUGCGAUCCCGUCAUGCCCGUCAACCCCAUUCAUUUGUUGUGGAUGCCUCGGCGCGGUCUUCCACCUGGCAAGCGGAAGAAGAGAGGCUGGAGCAUUGAUCUGUCGAAGUACGACGGCAGCGAGGAAGACGACUUCGACGGUGAGGACGUCGUGGCCGACGGCGUUGAUGCGGCCGUCGACGAUGAGCUCGAUGGGGGCCACGUCGAGGGCCCAGGAUUCGACAUUGCUGCUGCCGACGCGGCGGGUGAUCCUAUCGACUUACCGCCCGAACCCGCAGCAGAUCACGUUGCCGUGGGCGGCGCUGCUGUCAGUGAGGCUGGCACUGAGUCAGAGCGUGAGAUGGAUGUGCGGGGCUGCGGGGGCUGUGCGGAGCACAAGUAUGAUAACGAGUUAACUAAGAGUAGGACGUGCAGCGGCGACGAACUCUUGAAUCACAAGGGCCAUGAAAAGGAGGCGGAGCUCUUCGACGUGAUCAGGGGCGGCAUUGGGCUGCGUAGGACUCCCUGCGAGGGCUCCGCCCGCGCUCUAGCACCCGCGACGCUUGACCAGGCGUUCGACAUGUGCCACGUCUCCAUGCGGCGCGCGUGGUCGCGCGCUGUAGGUCUCAGGGAGAAGCCGACGAUGGCCAGAGCGAAGAUCCAUCGCAAGGGUGUUCAAGUCCGCGAGAUUGCCUCAAGGAUGCGUCGGCCGAGGUCACCGAGACAGGAACCGUUCUUCUUCCAGUGGUUGAAGUUCCAGCGAGGAGCAGAGCCCAUGGCCAGGGGCAAGCAGUCGGCGCGUGCUAAGCAGCAGGCCUUGGCGCUGCCGCAAGGGAGGGCCGCGAGCGACGAGGCCAGUGAUGGCUGUGAGAGCGUCGCCUCGGCGGCAACUGGAAUGACGCCGCCGCCUCCGAAGGCUCCUGCUCAGAUGAGGCCCCCGCCGAGGAGGAAGAAGGCACCCGCCAACUGCGUCGGCUGCGGCGUUUGCAACACUAGCCCCUGGGUCGAGUACAUCAAGAAGGCGAACGGCGAGCAGGUGCCAGUUGGUCCUGGAGAUGCCGAGUGCUACAAGACGUGGUUGGCUGGCUUCCAGACAGACGGCAGUUUCGAAGAAGUCUUGGAGAAGUGCCGCGCCGACAGCCAGUACAAGGAGUGCUUCCAGAUGGCCGGCUCCAUCAGGAAGGGGCUCACGAAGGCAGUGUACCGUCUCGCAGACAUCGUGAAAUCAUCUUCGCAGGGCUACCGCGCAUAUCGGUGCAAAGUGGGGCUGAAGCCAGUCGAAUUCGAGUCCAUUUUCAAUGGCACCAUCGAGGACGCGGGCCUGAAGCUACAGGACCUCCCGAACGAGUUCGGUGUGAUGUUCAAGGGUGCUCUCGUAAACGAUCCCGACCGACCUGGCGCCAGAUACGACGUGUUUCACGAGACCGCUUUGGAAAAGGUACUGUGUAUCAUGUCGAAGAGCGACCACCUCUGGUCUGGCCAGGAGGACAAGAUCUUCGAGAGCGUCUUCAAGUCAGACUUGAAUCCCGUGGGAUCGGCGUUGCAGAAGUUGCGGGCCCAGUCGGUCGAGCCCAACGAGAUCAGGCAGACGAUCUUUGAGAAGAGCGACAAGACAUCAAGCGGGCCCAUCGGCGUUUCCUCGUCGGGCGGUCGUUCGGCCUCGGGGUCUGGUGGAGCUGCUGCCGCCGCCAGUGCUGCAGGAGGUCCCGAAGUAGAUGCAGAGUUCGAUGAGUUGAUGGGCGACACUAUCGUUGCAGCGGAGAGCGGGCCCAUGCUGCACGAUGCCACCCCCGUCGCGAAGACGACAGCAGGCAGGAGAAAAUCGACCCCCAGCUGUGCAGCUUCGUCGGGGCUUGGUUUACGCAGGGGCGGUUCUACCAUCUAUGGAGAUCUUGAUGAUGACGACGGCGCGCCAGAUGGUAAGCGGCGCAAGUUCAGCACGACCGAGUGGAUCCAGAAGCUCGACCUCAUGAAGGCGCUGAGCGGGGCGGCGAUGGCACGCAAGAAGACUUUCGCUCAGACGCACUACAACAAUACCCCAGCCUCAGACACCAAGAAGAGCUUGCUGGCUGAGCAGAUCUUGCUGGUGGGCUACGCGAUCGACAUCAGCGAGUGCGACGUGGCCAAGGUGGAGGACGAUUUCAUCACGACCCGCAUUGCGGAACUCUUGAGGGCAACCCACGGCCAGCUGCCGACCAAUUUGAAGCUUAAGUUGUUUCACCGUUACGUGUGCCGAGCUACUGCGAACAUGGAGUUCAGAGACAAAGAUGGCAUCCAACGGUUUUUGAAGACCAUCUUCCCCUUGAACAUCAGCGGCUGUGACGACGAGGACAACUUCGACUGGAGGGUACCCAAGCUGUGGCAGUGCGAGGGGUCUCCUUCGGAACUCGCGAGCUACUUCACUGCGAGCCUCGAGAAGCUCAUCGUGCCGCUGCUGGCGAAAAACUCGGAGUCCAUCGACAUCAUCUUGAAGGCUUGCUCGUGGUGCUUGGAGGCCUACGCCGACGUCCUCUCUCAGGAGAUGGACGACUCGUAUGCCGAGGCGUUGCUGGACGCGUGUACUUGUUGGCGCGGUUGCCUUGGCCUUUUCAACGUGGCGGCUUCGACCACGCACGACAGGGCGAUCAAGAUGCUCAUCGAUAGGCCUCCCAAGGGAAAGGAGGACUCUCUGCCCUCGGUUGCACGGGCCACGAUCUCAAGGGUGAUGGAGUUCAAGCAGUACGUCGACGACUACACCGUCAAAUGUGCCAGCACGCUGCUCACUGCGCCCAAGUUUCAGGAGGCCAUGGCGUCGUUGCAGGAGGCCGCCACCAUGUCGAGCACGACGGAGGCGGUCAUGAAGUAUCCCGAGUUCAAGGCGAACAUGCGUCAGGGCAUGGUCGACGGCAUGGAGGCAGAGCUUUUGGGUCUCGUCCAGUUCUACGCCAAUGACUUCAAAGAGUUCAUGCGGCACGACGUGCCGACUGACCAGGCUGGACGUCACGCAGUUGUCAAGGUGUGCGAUGAGGCGAAUGCACUCUUUGAGGCGGUCGCGAAGCACAUGGUGGAGCUUGUACCCGAUGCCCCGCAGCUGGUGUCGUUCGCGAAUGCUGCUCGGGCCAAGGUCACGUCGCCCCACCGCCUGGAGUGCUUCUUCACGCUGCUGGAUGGCUACGCGAAGCCGCCCGAUGGUGCAGCAGCCGCUGCCGCUGGCAACUUGCCAUCUGCUGAGCACAGCAGGCGCCUGGCUGACGAGUGCAAGGGGCUGGCAACCCUCAGGGACGCCGUGAAGAACAACGGCUCGUACAAGCAGAUCCUCGUGUCCGCCGCGGAGAGGACCGCCGAGGGUAUCUCUCUGGUCGGCUCGGUCACCGCGCCUGGCUGCAAGGAGGCCUUGUCCGCGCUCGCAUGCCUCUGCAACCUGGCGGCGGAGGACGAAUCGAUUCGCGACUCCGCGAUGCUGGUGGACAUCGGCCAGGCCGCGAGCACGCUGCACAGCACGAUGUCCGAGUUCUCAGCCCUCGGUGACACCGUGAUCGCCUCUGCCGACGCAGACGCCAACCAGGUGCUGGCCAUGAAGAUGAUGUCGGAGUCGACGGCCUUGCGUGAGCUGCCUGGGAUGCUGUCCCCCAACAUGCGGUGCGACUUCGCGGUGGCUGUGGACGACGCAGCCAAACGCUUGCUGGCGAACGUCUCCGACGCGAUCCUCGACAGGCGCAAAAGGUCAGUCUUUGACUUGAUCGACCAGGUGUUCGCUGCCACGCGGACCGCGUACAAGAAGGAUGGGAGUCUCUGGAAGGACGGCUUCAGCGGCUCGUGGGACGACCUGGUGGCGCUGGCCAACAGCACCAUCAUGAGCGUGGUUGACGGCGACGCGCUGACCAGGGUGGCGGAUGCUCUCAGCGCCGAUGUGGACGAGUUCUGCAAGGAGGUCCAGCGGUAUGACCGCAUGACCGACUACAAGGAGACGGUCCUUUCGGCGAAGUUGGUGAGCACCAGUGCGAUGGUGAUCGUGCAGGAGGCAUCCAUCUUCCUGUGUUUCAAGAUGUUCGGGGAGCAGCCCGUCAAGCUGCGCAAGGGGCUCAUCAAGGAGAAAAAGGACAUGGUCGCGAAGGGCCUCCUGGCGGCAGAGCCUGGGAAGCCAGGCAUCCUCGAGAUCAUGGCGCGCGAG